CGCAUGUCACCAUGGUGGCUUCCCCGUGUUGGCUUGUGAAAGGGCCAGUAAUUGGUUUUUCCCUUCUUCGGCGUGGCCAAAUUGAGACAGUGGUCGGAUGUGGUCAGCAGUUUUGCCAUGUUUUGGCCUUUACAUACAAGAAACAUAGCCAGCAAAGUCGAACGAAAACCCACCAUGGAGGUCUGUGCAAAGCCAGGCUGAAAGACGUGCGGCGUGCGUGCAAUUGCGAAUAUGCAGUGAGUCGGACAAUGGCAUGUGCAGUGUUGCCGGUAGCCUGCUUCUUCGAGGCUGCAGAUGUUUGGCUGUUCCCUUUCUCGUUGAUCGCCCGGGCCAUGGAACCUGCAGAUGUCGAAAAGACCUUGCUAAGCCUUCCGUGCUUGAAAUCAGGGGGAGCGCUGUGUGUGACAAAUUGUACUGACACCGAAUGGCACCAGAUGUAUGUCGUGGACGAUGGGCACAUGAAGGUGGUUGUUAGCAUUCCAUCGUGGACGGGCCUGGAACUUCGGAGCAAGAUUCUGGCAUCUGAGUGUUUGGGCCAGACCGUGGGUCCACGGCACCUCGCGACCCUCGAAGGAGAAGGAGGUCGAAGACUCCUGGUGAACGAGUUUCUGGAGGGCGGCACAUUGAAUGUACCGGAUCUCACUGCAAAAGUGCUUCGCGAUGUUGGCCAACUAUAUGCCCAACUGCAUCGCACAGACACCUCCUGGUUCGAUCCUGUGCGCGAGGAGCUUGCCCGGAGCGGAGAUCUCCACAUCGAGGGGUGCGACUGGACGUUUUGCCUCUGGGUGCUUCCUCGCUUGCAAUGCUUGGUCCCCGAGGCGAAUCGCGAGGAACUGCACAGCCGAGGCGUGGAUUGGGCCUUUCUGGCUCGGGAGAUCCAAGAGCUCCCGACGAACACGGCGCUGCCCAGUGGCACGGCGGUGUCGAGCCGCAAGGCUUGUGUCCACGGUGAUGCGCAUCUGGGCAACAUCAUGUGGCACGAGGAUCGCCUGAGACUUAUUGACUUCGAUAUGACGGCGCCUGGUCCCGCUGGAGCUGAUUUGGCGUAUUUGGUUCUCAUGCUGCGACUUGGCUAGGCCAUGCGACUGGCCCACCUGGAUCGUGCCUGCUUCGGAAGAGAAACAUGUCCUUUUGUGCUUGCAUCGUACCACCAAUAGCAAUGGGGGAUACCUAUCAAAAAAGACAUGAUUCCUACAGUAUCAAUAAAAAAAUUGAUUCCUAUCUAAAAAACAUUAUACAAUUAAUUCAUAUCAAAAAAAAUCCGUCCUGGUCUGCUGGUUCCCUGGUCGCUUGGUCCUUUGGUCCCUUUGUCCUGGUCCCUUGGUCCCUGGUCCCUUGGUCCUCUGGUCCCUUGGUCCUUUGGUCCCUUGGUCCUCUAGUUUUUUGGUUCUUUGGUCCUUCGUCCUGGUCUUCGGGUCCUUGGGUCUGUACUUUCGAGGCAAGACGGCAGGGUAAUGCUUGUGAGGAUUGCGUUGCACCCUUAAUGCAUUUUCAAUCGCACCCUACUACUGAUGAACAUCCGGAGAAUCUGCACAACAACAUGGAACUUCCGCUGCGGCAGGUGGUGCGGAUGCGGUUCAGGCAUCCGCGUGGUGUUCGUUUCGCUGCGUUUCAGUUCAGCUGCUCAGGGCUUCCCAAUUUUUCGCCGAGGUUUCGCUGUGGUUUCAGCCGUGACGCGGUCGCCGAUCUCAACGCGCAGAAGGAGUUCGCUCGCGGCUAUUUGACGGGUUUGGGCGAGCUAGAUGAGGGUCCUCGGCUUGAGGAACAGCUUGAGGAGUUCCUUUUUGAGAUGCACCGUUGGGCGUAUGUCGGCAUGAUUCAGAUGGGCUUGCUGUGCGCGGUUCUCAUGCACAACGAGGGGCACCCACAGAAGCGUGAACUCAUGCAACUACGGGGCCCUGUGCUACUGCAUCCCAGCUUCCUCUCAAAGGCCAAGGAGAUCAUCCAGGAAGCGAUCCUGGACACGAGCUUGCGAGCCGAGGUGCUCGAGCAGGGGCUCUUCUUCGUCACCGAGGCGCGCUGGACGCCUUGAAGAUUGCAGCCCCGGCGGGGCCGGGUGUGGCUGAGCGGCCUUCCCUGGGCCGAUGGGGCUCGUAGUAGCUUCCUGCUCUUAGUAGUAGCCCAUUUGCUCCUAGUAGCUUCUUGCUCCUAGUAAGGCCGGAAGCGUUUGGACCUUUUGUGAUCGCGUUCUUUUUUGUACAGCCUGAGCCCCGAAAAAGGGCGGUGCGAUCUGGGCGAUCUCGGCGAGCGGCUUGUGGCCGAAAGGGGCGACAAGUGUAGCUGUGGUGCCGUGGCCUAAAUGCCCGACGUUCCAAGAGAUGUGCAAGUGCAUGUGCCUAAUGGCUGCCGCGUCAUGGGUCCACGUCGGUCGCAUCAUGGGCUGACCAGCAUCGCAGCAUCCCAGCUUCGCCCUGCGAAAAA